AUGAUGGAGGAGGUUGGAAGAAGUUCGACAGAUACAGAGGACCGCCACAGAGAUAUUUUCCAAAGAAUGGAAAUGGAAUAUGCCACAGCUCGCGAGUCUCUUUUCAAAAUGAUGAGAAACCCAGCGGAAGGCACGCAAAUGGGUUUGGAGCAGGCGGAAAUCAAGCUGAGGGAAUUCUGCAAAAUGAUAGAGGAUUUGGCAAGAGAUGCUGAAGAGAGCGAGAAUAAUGAGCGCUUGGCUUGCCAUCCAGAGGUACCUCCAUUCGGCCGUCCUCGAGUGCAGUCCCACUUACGCAAAACAGAUCAGGCUAAGCGAAAACACAUGCUGGACAUUCCGGACUGUGUGCAUGACGAGAGGGACGCGUGUACUCUUUGCCUUCGGAUGCAGCCAAGCAGUAGCAGUACGAACAAUCAAAUUUGUUGGAGUCAAUGUCCAACAUGUGAAGAUUAG